AAAGGAUAACAUUUCCUCCACAAGCUCCAGCGGAGACACUCUGUAUUUCUGAUAAGAGUAUGCAUGCUCUUUGCCCUCGUAGCGUCGUUCACCCAUUCUACAGUAAUCUGUGCAAAGAAAGGAGGGGGCUGAUACCGGGGCCACGCAGGAGAAGCCAGCGCCGAGAAGAGGAGGAAGACGAAGAAGAAGAAGAAGAAGAUGAAGAAGAGGAGGUGGAUGGAAGAAGCGGGAGAGAGGUGCGUAUCUCCCACAAGGCCGAGGGAAAUGAGGAGACGGGCGAUGAGUUCAAAGAAAGGAGCCCUUCAAAGGACACGGCUCAGCAGUGGCAGGAGCCACCAUGUCCGAUUACACGGGGAAGAAACCUGAUGAAAUAUGACAUCAGCCAUGUUUGAUGCAUGUGACAGGAGGGCUGAGAAAAAGAAAGAAAGAAAGAAAGAAAGAGAGAAAGAAAGAAAGAAAGAAAGAAAAAGGAAUGUGUAGUAGACCAUUGUUCAUUUAACUGGGUUCCCUUUCUGUUCUGUGUUUAAUAUUUUCCUAAUUGAAAUAUUUGGUCAAUUUCGCUCAGCCAAUAUACAUUGUGUCUUGUGUAUAUAUCUUGUGUAUCUGUGUGUU